AUUUUCUAAAUACUUGCCACUUACAUAGUCUUGUUAUAUUUACCAAAAAGUACAAUCUGUUGAUGUAUCAUUUAUUUGAUACGGUACUUUGAAUAAGAUUAUCACACAACGAUGACAACGACCAAUAUACUUUGAAACGUACCCGAGAAACGAUUAUUAGUUGAUUACUUCGCAGUUUUUAAAAACUACUGUAUGUAGAACGAUAAUUGGCGAUAUAGAUUGUCCCGUUUCAGGAUAACUUUAAAAACAUUAUUUUGGGUAUGUUGUAAUUUUAUUAAAACAAAUUAACACUAUAAAAGUGAGAAUGGCUGAUGAAACAGAAACAGUUCGUCUCGCCAACGAAGAUAUCGAAUGUAUGGAAGGAGAGAUUAUAGAUGCUGAUGAUGUAGAUGAAGAAGGUUCAGAUGGAGUAGUGGUUCCAGAACUUCAGGGUACAUUAUCCAAAUGGACAAAUUAUAUACAUGGGUGGCAAACUAGAUUUAUUGUUCUCAAAGAUGGUACUUUAUCUUAUUACAAAUCUGAGCAGGACAGUGGAUUUGGAUGUCGAGGUUCAAUAAGCUUAUAUAAAGCUAAUAUCAAGGCUCAUGAAUUGGAUGAAUGCAGAUUUGAUGUAUCUGUAAAUGAUUGUUUAGUAUGGUAUUUAAGAGCAAGCAAUCCAGAAGAGAAACAGCGUUGGGUAGAUGUUUUAAAAUCUUACAAGUCAGAAUCAGGCUAUGGAAGCGAAAACAGUCUGAAGAGACAUGGUAGUGCCAUUUCACUUGUAUCAAAUACGCAAUCUAUUACGAGUGCAGGUAGCUUUACUAAGCGUGGAGUUAGAGGAUUAAAGGAGAAAUUAGCAGAACUUGAAACAUUUAGGGAUAUCCUGAUAAAGCAAAUUGAUACUUUACAAAAGUAUUUUGAUAAUUGUACAGAGAAUGCUAAAAAUAUUUCCUCGAAAGAAAAUAAAGUUGAGACAAUGUUCAAUCCAGCUGAACAAUCUGUAGACUUUAAGGGUGAAGCAAUAACGUUUAAAGCAACAAGUGAAGGUGUAUUGGCGACUUUGCAGCAUUGUGUCGAAUUAAUGGUUCAACGAGAAGAUGCAUGGCGUCGUAGAUGGGAAAAAGAAGUUGAGAAAAAGCGAAAAGUCCAAGAACUGUACAAGGCUCUGAAAGACCAGGUUGCUAUGCAACAAAGUGAUUCUCCCAGGCCCCGAGUUUUGAUUCAUGGAGGUCCAGAUUAUGAGGAAGGUCCACAUAGUGCACUCUGUGAUGAAGAAUUCUAUGAUGCAGUAGAAACUGGAUUAGAUAAAAUUGACGAAGAAAAUCAGCUGAGAGAUCGCUUGAAACAAAAGUCAGUUUCAAUUUCAGCUACUCCUACAAUGUCAGCAGUUAAGCACAAACUUUAUCCGGAGAUAGAGAAAAUAACGAUGGAACAAUUGCAUUAUGCACGUCUUGGAGUAGGAGCCGGUGGUUGGCAAUUAUUUGCCGAAGACGGCGAUAUGCGAAUGUACAGACGCGAAGAAGAAGCGGAUGGCUUGGUGGUGGACCCUUUGAAAGCGUGUCACGUUGUGAAAGGAGUUACGGGUCACGAAGUUUGUGAAAUAUUCUUUAGUCCUGAAUAUAGAACAGGAUGGGAAGCUACGCUUGAAGACAUGACCGUGAUUGAAAGUAUUUCUAAAGACACUCUAAUAUUUCUUCAAACGCAUAAACGAAUUUGGCCGGCAAGUCAAAGGGAUGCAUUAUUUUGGUCACAUAUACGCCGAGUCUCAGAUGAUCAAGAUCCUGAUGCACAUGAUUUAUGGAUAGUCUGUAAUCAUAGUACGGAGCAUUCCAAAUAUCCGCCAAACACUGGGAAAUGCGUAAGAGUUUAUUUAACUGUUUGCCUUGUGUGUCAAACUUUCAUUGAUCCUCCGCAAGAUGAGGAAGAAAUAAAAAGAGAAAAUAUAACAUGCAAAAUAACUUAUUGUUCUGUUGUCAACCCAGGUGGAUGGGCUCCAGCGUCUGUUUUACGUGCUGUUUAUAAAAGGGAAUAUCCAAAGUUCCUUAAGCGGUUCACUAAUUUUUGUAUUGAUCAGUGCAAAGAUAAACCCAUUAAAUUCUAAGGGUAACUGGUAGAACUUCCAUAUUUUCUAUCCAAUUCCUCAUUCAUUACACCAAAACUUUUCUGUCUUGGUGUUUUAUUGUAUCAAAGAGAAAUUUAAAUCAAGUUACAAAUUAAAUAAUAGAAAUUUGGAAACGAAAAUUCUCCCAAGUAUAAAUGAAAGUGUUUUAUAUACUGUUUUUUUUAUUUGCUUAAUAUGACACGUAUAGGUGCGUUUAAGGCACGUUCACACAUACAUACACACAGCUUAUGAAACAGGAUACGAACUGUUGCAUUGAAAGUGAUUUAUGAAAACGUAAAAAAAUAUUAUACAUAUACUUCCAAGAUAAUUUUAUAGUUGUGGGACACAUGCGCUAAAGCACUGUUUGUAAAUUAUAUUUACUUCUUUAAAUAACAGCUUGUUACUUUAUUGUUAUACAGAAUGCUAUCGCAAGUCACUUGUACAAAUCUUAACAAAUUGGAUACAUACACAUUUAUCUCUAUUGUUACAUUAUAUAUCCAAGUAAAUAUGAAAUUGUAUGAUACAAAUUACAUUGUUAUUUUUCUUUAUACAUAAAAUGUGUACAUACAUACUGAUACAUAAUAUAAAGGUAAAAUGGAGAAACAUAAUAAAGACUGUUGUAGAUUUGCCGUAA